AGCCGCAGCACGCAGGCGCUGCUUCCGCGGCGCGUCGCGCGCGCACUUGCUGAAAAGUAGUGCCGACUUUUCAUACUUCGCGUUGGGUUCUCCAAGUUAGAAAACGUGUCGACUCAAUUCAAAAUGGGGAAAGUAUUUUGAUAAUAAUAAAUUCAACCAGUUAUUUGUAGUUUAGACGAGGAUAGCGCGUUGUUUCUGCGACGCUUGUCGCUGAAAUUCCACACUGGCGUCAGGAGGCGCGGAGGGAUACCAGAGCACGAGCCAGACGCCCUUCUCCGUUGAUAUUUAUCAGAAGAGCGCGGGACGCUCACGAUUCAUAGUGGGCUGCGUUGCGAGUGAUGGUGGUUCGUUGCGCUUGCUUCCGCUAAGUCAAAACAAACCCGUCGCUGGUACGCGCGCCCCAAACCUCGCAAGAGGUCGUGUGUGGUGUGGUGUGUUCUCCGCGCACUCGCUUGGAUUACCGUCAGCUACCACGGAUCUCCGUGCUGUGUUGUGUCCCAGUCAGGAUUACACUGCUAUGGUCGGACGACGCAUAGCCAUGCUGCUGGAACGCCAUGGCCACGCAGGCACAGAGAAGUCCAACUCCUUCGAGAAGAACUAUCGGGUCGGAGCGCUCUUGGGCAAGGGCGGCUUCGGUACCGUCUACGCUGGGACGCGAAACAGAGACAAUUUGGCGGUCGCCAUCAAACACGUCUCUCGGGAGAAGGUGACCGAAUGGGCCACGCUGAACGGUCAGCGGGUGCCGCUCGAGAUCAACCUGCUGCUCAAGGUGUCCCACGUACCCGGCGUCAUCCGUCUCCUCGACUGGUACGAGCGGCCCGAUUCCUUUAUCCUCAUCAUGGAGCGGCCAGAGUCCGUCAAGGACCUUUUCGACUACAUCACCGAGAAGGGAGUGCUCGAGGAGACGCUGUCCAGGCUCUUCUUCAAACAAAUCGUUGAGUGCGUGCUGGCCUGUCACGAAGCCGGAGUCAUCCACCGCGACAUCAAGGACGAGAACAUUCUCGUGAACCUCAAGACUCUCUCCGUGAACCUGAUCGACUUCGGCUCCGGUCACUACCUCCGCGACGGGCUCUACACAGACUUUGACGGCACCCGCGUGUACAGUCCUCCGGAAUGGAUCCAGCGCAGCCGUUACAACGGCCGUGCCGCCACAGUCUGGUCCCUUGGCAUCCUCCUGUACGACAUGGUGUGCGGAGAUAUCCCCUUCGAGCGCGACGAGCAGAUCCUCCGUGCUGAGGUCCACUUCCGCCGGAAGCUCUCGCCCAUGUGCGAGGACCUGAUCCGCCGGUGCCUGUCGCUUUCGCCGUCUGCGCGCCCCACCCUGGAGGAGAUCCUCGAGCACGAGUGGAUGCUUGCGGACGACCUCAAGAGCACGGUUUCGGACGGCAUCCCCGUACGGUGCGCCCGCGGGGAGCAGACCUCGGUGGACCAGAACUCCACAGGAAGCCACGACAGCAUUUGAUGAUCACGCCCCCCUAGAAGCACCAAUUUUUUCAUCCACUCCUCCCCCGCCUCACCAUUUCAUCGAGAGAGAGAACCAUUUGCCCGGGACCGCACGGCUGCCGGGCGCCAAACACCCGGCAACGCCUUUCCAAACGUCUGAAUGUGUCUUCUCGUCGGUCGGCGGACUCGGGCCUGUGUCGGUGGUGCAGACACGACGCAACAGUCUUCCCCGACGGAUGCUGCAGCACAACCACUACCACGAAGCCAUCAAUGCAACUUUCUUAGAAUCUCUUUUUUUUUUAUUAUUACACAAAGUGUGUGUGGACAGACUGACGUUGAAAGGAACCGCGGAACACUGGGAAACUUUUCGACGAUGGACGAGGAGCGAGGAGGCAAAGCAACCCCCUUGCCGAGGACUGCCUCUCGUAGCUGUGAUAUGACGAACGUGUCUGAAAAUACCAGCCUGCCCGUGUUGCUGCUUCCGGCGAGUGUCUUCUCCCGCGUUUGCCGUGCGGUCUCUCGUUCCCGUGUAUUUAUUUCUCUGCAUGUACAUAGGUUUCCCCACCCACCCUCGAACUCUGCCCUUAUCCCCCAACAUCCCACCAUUACGAGCAUUUGAAGUGCCAGCAUUUUGCCGGGAACGGCCACAUUCAGUGUACAUAGCAGUGGCAUCAUUUGCAUUCGUUCUGUUCGACGGAGGCCAUUAGUUUUGCGUGUGCGUGCGAUUUCAUUGCCCUCACACAUACGUAUGCACACGUGCAAGCUUUUGGAAGGUAUUUACAGAGGGGUGUCUUCUCUUAAGUUAUUGUUCCACCAAGGUGGCUAGAACCACCGCUGGGUAAACUUUCCAAACCCCCUUCUCUCAUAUGUGGCCGCGAUGUUUUCCUAAUUUAUGUUUUUGCGUUGGCAUCAUUUUUUUUUUUCAAAGUCUUGUGUUUUUUUAGUGUUUUAAUGUUCUUUUUUUAGUUUUGAAGUGUACAUUGCUUGUACAGUCAGUCACACCAGAGAAGAGGUAUUUUUAUAUAAAAAAGAUUUAAAAUAAAAUCUUGUACUGGCAA